UGUUAAUUGAUGUUUUGGCCUCACCAGACUGGAAGUUGAAAGCGGUUUUUUGGAGUCUAGGAAAGAACUUUCGAAGGCACAUGUUGUUGGGUGUCUGAAAGGGUGGAGACGGAAACACCUCCUCGGACGGCACAGAGAACUCAGCAUUGUUUGUGUGUGUUCCUGUCAGCAAUGUUAGCGUGUUAGCUCCAGUACAUACAGUCCGUACACACAGCUCAGACAGCCCGAUAAAUUGCAUUCCAGCUUAGGUGAUGCCGAGCUGAACAUGUACCAUUGAACCAAGGCUGUUGUACGCUUGGGAGCACAGACCGAUGAUGAUAUGAGCGGGGGUAUCGUUUAAACACAACUGGAGACAAUGGCACAUCUGGAAUUGUUGUCUUUAGAGGGCUUGGUGGCGAUUAGCUGUUAAUGUCAGUGCCUACUAAAGCUGGCCAGGACUUUAGUGACACAAGAGGAGAAAAUAUCCCACUGUUUACACGUGGUAUAAUGACACAGGGCCCACUCUCGGAUCAGUAGGCCAAAAUCGGGUGAUAUUGUAACGCCAGCCCCCAUAUGUGUACGUGUCCAAACCUGUGAUGUGCAGGCAACCAUGCAGGAUCCAGACGUAAAGUAGACGUUUGCGAGCAGAUUUUGGAUCAGGAAUACAUUACUACUGAAGCCAUUGUGGUAUUAGAAGGGGGUGGCAGUGUUGGUGUCCGGGCCUUUUUAUUUCUUUUGGAGGUUGUGUUUUUCUGGGAGGUGGGUGUUUUGCCCCAGCCUGGGGCAGAACCGAUCAGGAACUCGUCGUCAAGAUAGGGUGCACCAUGGGAGCUAAUCACUCAGGGCGGAAGCAGUCCUUUGACGAGAACGGCGAUGUUGAUUUUGACCACUUCCAGAUCUUGCGGGCCAUUGGCAAGGGCAGCUUUGGAAAGGUUUGCAUCGUUCAGAAAAAGGACACUAAGAAGAUGUUUGCCAUGAAGUACAUGAACAAGUCCAUGUGCAUCCGCAAGGAUGCGGUGCGGAACGUUCUGAAGGAGCAAGAGAUCCUGCAGCAGCUGGAGCAUCCGUUCCUGGUCAAUCUCUGGUUUACCUUCCAGGAUGAGGAAGACAUGUUCAUGGUGGUAGACCUGUUGCUAGGCGGGGACCUACGUUACCACAUCCAGCAAGGUGUCAAGUUUGAUGCGGAAAGGGUCAAGCUGUAUCUUUGUGAGAUUGCACUGGCGUUGGACUAUCUCAACACCCACCACAUUAUUCAUAGGGACAUCAAGCCAGACAACAUAUUACUGGAUGAAGACGGUCACGUGCACAUAACGGACUUCAACAUAGCGACAGUGCUUCAAGAAGGCUGUCUUGCGUCAUCCAUGUCCGGCACCAAACCAUACAUGGCCCCAGAGAUUUUACAAACGGCAUCGGCAGACUCCAAAGGAUAUUCUUUCCCAGUUGAUUGGUGGUCGUUGGGGGUCUGUGCUUAUGAAAUGCUUCGAGGAAAGAGACCGUAUGACAUCCAUUCGAACUCAUCAAUAGCAGACAUCAUGCACCUGUAUCAGUCCACCCAUCCUCAUUAUCCAUCCUCCUGGAAUCCUACUCUCUCUGACCUGAUUAGACAGCUCUUGGCUUUGGAUCCUCAGCAACGGUUGAUAUCCCUAGCGGCUAUGAGCAAGCACCCAUUCAUGUCGGAUGCAGAUUGGGACGCCAUACUCAACAUGAAAAUCAAGCCUUCCUUCGUGCCGCCCAAAGAUCAUUUGAACUGUGACCCAACCUUUGAAUUGGAGGAAAUGAUUAUCGAAGCCAAGCCUUUGCAUAAGAAGAAGAAACGCCUUGCCAAGCAAAGCUCGAAGGGCAAAGACAUUGAUGAAGAAAUGCAAGCCCAGUUGGACAGCCUGAAUGCAGAGUUUAAAGUCUACAACAGAGAAAAACCUAAUAAAAAAGAGACCACCAGCAAAGGCAACGAGACGAAUCCCGAGGAAAGAAUGGAGGAUGGUAAUACCAAUCAGGAAGGUGCCAUCACGACAUCCAGCAUUGAAAUGCCGGUAGCCAUCACAGAAAACACACCGGACAAAGAACAGAAACAGCAGGAAGAACACGAAGAACAGCAACGACAAGAAGAAGAGGAAUUAACAUCACAACAACAACAACACUCAUCAACACCUUCAGGUGUCAGUAAACAAGCAGAGCUACCUACGGUUCAGCAGUAACGCACAGAGAUUUUUCUGUACAUAUAUACAUACAAAUGAAAUAUAUCUAAGUCUUGGUAGUUUUCACGUCAUUGUAGUAAAAUAAGUGGUGCAUAUACAGGUAUAUCAACACCGUUAAGAAGAAUGGAUGGGGCUCUUGUUUCAUGGUUUGUAAUUUCUAAAGUGUGGGUGCCGGCAAAAGUGCUCCCCGAAAGGCCACUGUCUGUCAAGCAGCUAGGCUUGCGGUAUCACUCACUGCCAAGAUCUGUCAAGCUAAAGUGCAUCAAACAUCUCAGGUUUUAUGCCUUCUCGACACAUCUCGGCUGAUUAGAUUCACAGACAAAUUGAGCAAAUGAUCUCCUUUGCAGGUCUUGUGUAAUGGGACCUAACAAUAAAUGUUCCUGCUUCAGCCAAGGGGAAACAUACUCAACCCCCCUCCCCCCAUGACAUGUAUCACAUUGUGUGGGAUGGUUGGUGUACCUCUCUAGAACUUAUCACUCAUGUUAUUUUGUACUCACUGUUAUGCAAACAAACUGAGUUGCAAGUCGCAUAACUCAGAUAUCGCAACUCAACAGGGUGCUGAUCUUACAUUUUGCAAUUGUCAUCCCAACUCAAUUAAUUUUUAAAAAUAUAAUUGGCAUUUGUCAUCUCACAAGCUUAAUCCUAACAGAAGAACACGUAUGUACUUUUUUCACUGAAUGUACCUCGAGAUCAUACAUGUACAUAGUUGUUUCUGAGAUUUCCAAGUUAAUAAGGUGAGAGAUUUCUUACGAAAAAUCCUGACGAAGAUAAGGGUCUGAGAUCCACACAUAUACUACAGUUCUGCUUGGUGCAGAAUACCUGGAGUCAUCCCAUGUGGAUUCUAACCCACCAUCCAAAGAUUUAAGUGACAUAAAUUAACUAGAACCACGACACAGUUUCCCCUGUCUGGUUUAUAAAACUCACAAUCGUUUGUGUUGUUCUGGAUGGACUUUUUACAACAACCAGGACUAGAGAUAAUUUGUGCUAAUUGUUUAAGAAUUAGAACUAAUGUAGGUGUUACAAGUUAAAUAUAUUAUGAAGUGGUAUUGUGAAAAUCUCAUACAACUAUUCCAUUAAAAUGUGUACUUGCCUUUAAAUGCCAUAAUGCAUGAUUUUGCUUAUCACUCUUUUUUCAAAAAAGGUUUCAUGCACCCCUCCUUUUACCUAGUUCCCAGGUUUCCAUCAAACAUAAAUUGUGGUGGCUAGGUAAAGAAAGGUAGCAUUCCAUCUGUGGUAUGGGGAUUUUUCAAGCAGCAUUUCUCUGCCGGGAGGUAAUGCUUGAUUGGCCAAAUAAUUCCCACAGCAUUUGCACCAUUAGGCAGAUUGUCCAGGGGUUUUCAUCCGCACAUUCACUUAUCACUCUGUCUCUUCCCACUGAGACUAUAUGAAGCACUUAGUGUGGACCGCUUAGGGAAACAAAAAUCAUCUUAUAAAGGGAACAGCGGUUAAAAGCAUCUUUGCAAAAAUCAAGAACAUUUGGUAAAGCACCUUUGUCAGCACGGAAGGUUGUCCUGUCAAAUUGGAUCGGGAAUUGUGACUUCAAGGAAGCUGGGACUGUUAAAAGGCGGACUGCUCUUGAAGAGGUGCUGGGGAUCUGUUGCCAGGUUGUCUGAGGCAUGGGGCAAGAGCGCCUUUUUUUCUUUUUUAGAGAGAGAAGAACCUAUUGAGGAAGAUUGCACCGAUAGGAACAAAAUGAAGAUGCAGACCAAAUGUCCUCCUGAGUAAGCUGACUCCAAGCCUUGUUUCUGUCGUGUGCUGUUAAGGGAUCACAUCAUUGCUUACUCUUGGCUUGUGAGGGAUUGGAAUGCUUUAUACAUGUGCAUGGCAAUCGCUGUAAAAGUCAGUAGGACUUAAUCUGAAACUGGAUUCAGGAUUCGGCGAACCUGGUCCAAAUUAUUCAACCCAUGGAGAGCAGCAUCCUUUAGAAUGAUCGCAUCCAACACUUGUUGAAUAAUGAGCGAUUGGAACUGGGAGCACACAUUGAUGACAGAAGAUGAAUCCUGAAAACCUUGCCUACCUUAAUAUUAAUUGGAUUUGGACCUCUUCCAUGCUGACACAGGGCAGGGUGCCAACUUUAUAUCUCAACCCAUCCAUGCUGAAGCUGGAAUAUUACUGUUAACAUCUGAUCUUUUGGAGAUCAAACCAAAACCAAGUUAAGACUUUGGAACAUAAACAGUACUGAUCCUCUGAAGUGCACAGCACUUUCAUUUACAAUGGUACGUCUGCACUCUGAUCCAGUUCAAUUUCACGGAGACAAGUAGAACGCAUUAUUUAGGAGGCAAAAAGAGAGUUACAGUUUUGUUGUUGAUUCAAGUGACAUUUUGACCCUUGAUAUAGCAGCAGAACCACUGAACAAGGUCCACUUGGAAUUGGAACAAACAAGCCAAAACAGCUCAUGCACAAGCAAUUUACCUACAUGCUGUACCACGUCAAACGGUCAUCACCGGCAAUUGCUUUGCGGAACUUGCCUCAACAUGCUCUGAACAGUGACUGCAAUGGACAAUAACAGUAUGUUGCCGUUCCAUUAUGUUUAUUAGUGCCUAGAGCUAGACGAUAUUAACCUGUCUAGUAGAAUAGAAGUAUCAAUAUUUUUAUCCCAGAUGGUAAGUGCCUGUCAGCAACCAGUGACAAACAUUUCGUAAAUCAUUCUUUGGGAUAUUGCAUGUACUAGCAGCCUUCCAAAUCCAGGGGUGCCAGACACAUCGAUACAAACUAUAUUUAUGCAUGAAAUGAUGAGUAGAUGUAGCUUUUAGUGAUGUCCAAAGAAUUAUUAUUUACCAAUUUUAUUCCUCCAUUCUGUUGAUACCAAGGAUCGUGUUGAAUAUUAAAAAGGAAAUUGUAUAUAGAUAAUGUGUAAUGUUCUCGCAAUGUUUGUCUUGUUUCCUGAGGAAAAGGUAGUGUCAGUGUGUCAAAUCAUGGCCUUGUGAGAAAACCAAUGUGAUUUUUUUUUCUUUCUUUAAAAUUUGCUCGUCCAGCCACAGGACAAAAAUCAGAUGGUCAUUGCCACUCAUGCCGCUGCUGUAUGUAGGUCAGUGUGGUCAACAGUUACUUGGAUCUUUGGGGUAUUCCCCAUAUUGUGAGUUCAAACUGUGAGUUGUGGUGUAUGUUCUCUUAUCUUGCUUUAAGCGGGUAACUGAUAUAACUGAAGAGAUAAGGGAAUUGUGGGUGAACUUGCCAAUAGAUAAAGCGGUAGGAGUGUGGUGCCUAAAGUCUGUAUCUCAAGAUUCAUUGGUAUGACAGUACCUUUGUCUUCAGGACACCAGACAGAAAUGCCUCAUUUGGACUUAAUUGUCACUCCAAAUCAUUUCUCCAGUUAAUGUAUUAAUGAUUGGAUUAUUUGUUUGUCAUAAAUCACAUUAUUGAGUUGACUUGUCCCUGGUGAUUUGCUCAGCCAUGUGAUGUACAUGUAGGCAUGCAUAUUCAGCAUUUCUGUGUCUGUAUUAAGUGGCAGGUGCACCUCAUUGCCCUCCCAAAGUACAGUGUACUGUGUUAUACUCCAUUAGUUUCACAUGGCAUUGCACUAUUAAUUGAGGGGAGGAACCAGCAUGGUAUUGGUUGCUAAAACUUAUCUCAUAAUCACAACAAGCAUCAAUGCAGAAAUAAACCUCAUCGAAUUCGUGUUCAAGGGUUUGCUAUAGUGGUUUGUUGCUGUGGCCUUCAGUAUGAUGUAUGAAGUGCGUGAUCCCUAUUUUCACGAAGGCCUUCAUUAAAAAAAGUGGCAUGCCAAAUUGGCAAAGUCUAUAUUUGCUAACACAAGUGCGCAUGGUCAAGUAAGAUGGAGGUUGUAUUGCCUAGAUGCUGAUUCAUCAUCUUAUUUGUGUUUGGUAUGUUAAUGCCUAUAGAAGGUUUUUUUUUUAGAACCUUGCAUCACUGAAACAGUGAUACAACGUCAUAAAGCCUCAUGUCAUAUUAGUGGGCCAUUCAAGUCAUCAGUGAUCUAUGAUACAGGAGUGUAUAUUAACUCAAUUGAUAGCAGAAUAAAGGAACCUGGAUUACAGACAGCUGUUGUGGCAAUCAAUCUGCAUGAGACAACACUGGAUGUUUACCUCAGUAAACUUUCCUUUUUUUCUUGCUAUCAAGGACCGAACCUGUCCAACUUGUCAACAUCCUGGUUAGUUAUUGCCUCUAGAGGCGAGCUGGAAUGAGCUUGCUUCAUCUUGUUGAAAUGUCAACUCUAAAUCUGUACUUUUAGAAACAACAAAACUGCCCAGCAGUUGAAGGGUUGAUCCUUAGAAUGUGAAUUUGUAUCCAACUCGUGUUUUGCUAACUGUAAUUGGAUUUUUAAACUGUGAAAUGUCUUUGUACCUGUAUGAAGUUACAACUGAGGGAACAUCUAAAGAAAUGCAUGUACAAUUUAGGAGUUGAUAUACCUAGCUAUUUGGAAAUGGUCAUUGGAAAUACCACAGUUUGGGGGGUUGGGAGUUGCACUUUUCUAAAAGAGUCCAAACAUCUAUAACUGAUUAUCAUUAACACACACAGUCCUGAAUUAUUUUUUAUGUUCGUCUUUGCCUUUCUGUUAACAUGUAUUACAUCUUGCCAUACCUUUGAAGGACGGUUUGUUUUUAUAUAAAGGAAAAAUGAGCAAAUAUGAGUAGAUAUUCUUCCCCCCUUGCACCGUCCACCUUUAUGCAGUGUUUGUUCAUGCACUUCCAGAAUAUAGAACACUUGCUGUCAUGAUGGUCCACUUUUCCCCAACCCAUAUAGGAUCUAGCAUCUAUACUACUUCAGUAAUUCCUCUGUCAUUCCCACUUGCAACCAAUCUAGUUUUUUCUCAUAACCUAUUUACUGGUUGUUACAGAGGAGACAUUUAAGGUUAAUAAAUACCACAUUUGACCUCCUUUAUAAAAAUGUAGAGCACUGUUUUGACCAACAACUGGAAUUUGGUCCUGAAUCCAUUUUCUGUUAAUUCAUAAAAGAAAUUCAUUUAUUGUUGAGAAGGUUUCCACCUUGUUGCCAAGACCAUCUUAGUCCCUGAGGUAAAUGAUUAAUUAUGGAUUAGGAAUGAUUAAGCUUGUCACCUCUUUCAACAAGCCCAGGGUUCACUUCUCAUUUCUAUCCCAAUUGUUAUGACUUUACAAAGAUACUAGAGAAAAUACUACAGUUGUUGGUCUGGUAUCUCCUACCCGGGUUGGACAUGAUGGAAACACAAGAAAGCAUGACUCUCUCUGCCUGCCUCUAGCAGCUAGAGAUCUGAAAGCACAGAUGAACCUGUCUCAUUUUUCCAGGGGGAAGAAGGGGAGAUGUUGACACCCUCUAUCAUUUUCCAAAGAGCAUUAAAGGGUGUCGUAGUGGGGCCCUGGAAAAGGCACUCACAGUUUACUUUCACCAAUUCUCAGUUGAUUGGAUAACAAUUCUCUCUUCUGUAGUGAUGAUACCUUUUAUUGGGAAUUCAUAUCACUAUUUUUCAAAGAGGAGUCAAAAUAUUGCUUUAGUGGUCACAGAGUGUGAUGAAUACCUCCCAUAGGGAGAUUCUGCCAUCUGGUUUUGAGUAUUUUGUUCUGUGUGAAAGGAGAAUUUGGUGUGAAAGUUUAAGCAUAUCUUCUCAACCUGAUACCCCAAACUUGUUUGUAAUGUCAUUUUAAAUAGCAACAUACAUGUAAACUAUAAAUUUGGUUAUUUCACAAAUGAAUUAAGUUUAAUUUGACACAUGUCAUUGCUUCAUUCCUUCGCUGAACUUUCUCCUUGUUCAAUAGCUGUACACUUAAGCAGAUUUUUGAGACAUUUUAGUUAAAUUCUCAUAAGGGAAAACUUUUAAACCAUUCUACCUGUUUUGUAAUGAAUUCAUGACAAAACCACGGACUGUAAGCUCUUGUGAAUUGUGGUCGAAUUCUGCAGUCAAUAAUCAUGAUUAUGAUCGUAACCUUUGUUAUUGGUCAUACAGUAUUCCACUAAUUAUGCACACGCUUAACUUGCAGCCACAUCUUAUGUUGCAUAUUUGUUCUGGAACAUCAAUUAUCUCGUGGACGUUGGCAGGUGCCAAAACCAUCUAAUUUCAAAAGCUUGUGAUGCAUCAACUCGGCAUAGGUUAAGAUUUGGCCUGAACCAUGCAAGCCUAACAGAGGGCCAUCCCAGAAAAGUGAUCUGUUUAUGGAUUGGUUCCAAAAUUAAAUAUAUUUUUUAUUUAAUUCUGUUGAUAUAAGAAAGUGGCACAUGUUCAGAAAAAUGUUAAAUGAGACAUCGUAAGAAAUGAUGUUCAACCAUGUCAUAGUACCUUCUGUCCUGAAGAUGACCAAAGCAUCCUGGUCAAGACGUCAAGUUCACACUCACCAGGUCUUCUCAGAGCUACCACUCUUAUAAAGAACUUGAUUCCUCAAGGUAUACCUGCAAAUCAUUUCUCUGUAUUAUAUACCUUGAUUUUCAGAGCAAAUGUUGCUGGCCGAAGUAGAGAUGUUCAAAUGUUCAGUGAUUGAAAGCAUUUCAGUUCCCUGUGGACUGGAGGAAAAUAGCAGGCUACUCCCUAGUGAAUGCCAGUGUCUACCGCCCUGGGGGGAGAGACACAGGUGGGGAGAGGAGUGGCUUGCCUGACAAGGAUAUGACAAAUGGCCAACCUCUGACCCAUGUAGUAGCUUUGAUGAAGUUUAUGUUAUUUUCUUCAGCACUUUAAGCCUCUUAGUUGCUAUCUUUCCACUCAAGAAAUCCACUUGUCCGUCAUCAAUCAUUGCAAUCUUAUUGUAUACCAUUCAUUCUGGCGGGGAGUGUUCCUUGCCUAUGUCCAAUGCUGUGCUUCAUUCUCAAAGGUGAAAUUACUGCUUGCAUGCAAUUUCUGUUGCAUUGAUUCAGCUGAGUUGAGGAUAGACAGUGUUUAGAGCAAUUCAGCUUCACUGACACAGUAUGUCAAAAUCAAAUUGGUUUUUUUUUAAUUUUAGUCAACAGUGCUCCUUUUAUAUUGUAUCACACUUUUAAGUUUUCAAAAAAAAUGAUAAGGAAGAAAUUAUGAGAGAUAAGAUUCUUGCCUCUCACCCUAAACUUCAAUAUGUAUCCAAUAAGUGGUUUGAAAAUAAGUAUCUGUUUUUUGUAUGUUUUUGAAAGUUAUGGUUGUAUUAAACAUUGAAAAAGUUGUGAAUAAAAUUAUUGACAGCAAUUCAUCAAAAUACUUAGUUAUUCCAAUUCAACACUGCCUUGUGAGAUGUUUUUAUGAUAAACUACUGAAAUGGUAAGUUUUAACACACAAUUGUCAUUAUGCAGAAGUCUAGAAAAAAUUAUGUGCGUUGAGUACCCACAGAGACAUGUUUAAGGUGCAGUGUUUUUGAAAUGAACUAAACAAAAAUCUUUGUCAUAGAAUUCAAGUUUUUCAAGAUUCAAACACCUUCAUUCUACACUUCUACUGUUAUGGGACCAUCUCAUUCAGAUACAAACAUUUCCAAUAAGCAGUUACAUUCUAUAACCAAUCCCCGGACCGAAUUAAGAUUCCCUAAUUAUUUUUGCUAUGGGAAAUAUGUCUAGGAAGACAAUGAAAUUCUCUACUAAUCGGACUGAUUUGCCUUUUGAGAUCGGAGUACAUAUAUUAUCUCAAAUUUCAGUUCUUUGUGUUCCUGUAAUUGGUGAUCUCUGUUCCAAAAUACCAAGAACCUAGAGGCAUGGAAAGUACUGUGAAAAGGUAGCAAACCACGACACUAUUUCAACAUGUAAAAAAUGUUCAGAAAUGCGUGUAAUCAGGAAGACGUUUAAAGAAGCUAAUAUUUAAUGCACAAUGUUAAGCAGUCUGCCAUCUCAAUCAGUAAGUGCUAAAUGACAUUGGUAAUAUAAAGCUGAAUAUAUUUCCUGUACACAUGCUGGCACUUUGAGUUUUAUAUCUUAUAUUUUGUUUACACCUGCAGAAAUUGUAAUGCCAGUGGCAUUCAAAUAUUGCUUUGAGAACAUGUUUUUAACAGUUUUCACGUUUAUAGUUGUUAGACCCUAUGUGGAUGUUUUACAGUUCUUAUGAAGGGACCUGUCGAACUAAUCUACUUGAAAGGUCAUAUUGUUUCUAUUUUAGAGAGAGGUUUGCUUUUAUAUGUUUUAUUUUUACCACUGUUAAACUUGCCUUAACUUCUGUUCAUUUACCUUCAGCUAAAACCAGUUGUUACUAUUUUGGGGUUCCCUUUGUAAUCACAUUUCAAACCUUUAAAAGACAUAUUUCGAGGAAUGGAAAAAACUUUUAGCCCUCAAAUUCAGCGUAUUAUGAUAUUUAAAAAUGAUUGAAGAUCAAUUUCUGUUGUAGUUCAGUGCAAUAUUUGAUGUAGGUAUGAGUUGAUGUUGCUUAAAAUAUUGGAACCUGUUUUGCAAGUAAAGUUCUUAAGAAAACUAAUAGGGUCAUGCUUGUGGAUAACAAUAAGACUUUUUCAGCACUAUUUCAAAUAGUUUUCACAUUUUAAUUAAUGAAAUGCAUAUUAACCCUGAAGCCGCACAACCAUAAUUCCUUUUACCAUUUUAGGCUCUACAUGAGUAUAAUGUCAACGAUAUUGAUAUCUUGUUAUAACUUGUAGUAAGGUCUUAGUAAGUCGGUCUGGCCUGCUGUAUUUGUGUACAGAAGGACGAAAAAGGUCUAAUUACAAAGCAUUUUUCAGUGUGUCUACUAAUUUGAUACGUCAGUGUUGUUUCGUGACAAAAGAAAGUGCAAGUAAAUAACUCGGACACGAAAAGGGUUAAUUGUAUCAGUAACUCGCUGUCCACUGUUGUGUAUGCCAUCCAUUAUACAGAAGUUGAUUUUCUGGAAUCUUAGAAAACUUUUCGAGAUUUUGUAUGGCAUUAGUUGGUUAAUAUUACGCCUGUAAAUACGGUUUGAUAAGAAGACAGUAUAAUAGUUGCAUUUUAUUCUGUAGGAA